AUGGGAGUUCCCGACCCGCCCGAGCCACCGUUGGGAGAUGUUGCAGGCGAGGACCAAUCUGCUGAGGUCUUAGGUGCCACUCCACCAACAACACGAGCCGAACAGUUGGCCUUGAAGGGCAAGAAGCGGAAGAACAAGAAAUCCAAGACGGGCUUGACGGCCAAAAAGAAGAGGGGUAACAAGAAGGCCCUGCCUUCGCCGAGCCGGCGGCGACGCAGAUUGCUUCGCCGCAAAUCCAAGUCCUCGCACUCUUUGUCUGAGAAGGUGAUUGCAGCAGAUGAUGCGAAGCCUGUUGAACAUGCUUUGGACGUCGAAGCAGAACUUAAGCCAAAGUCAACACGAGGUUCCAAGAGCAGAGGCCCAAAGGCCAGCAUCAAGGACGCAUCGCCAGCGGACCCUGAGAGCAAAGUGAAGCCAUCCAAGCCAGAAGCAGCAGCAAAGGGCAAAGCAAAGGCAAAAGCAAAAGCAAAAGCAAAAGGAGCGCCAAAGGCAACAGCAAAGGCAAAAGCAAAGGCAGCAGCAAAAGCAAAAGCAAAGGCGAAAGCCAAAGGAGCGCCAAAGGCAACAGCAAAGGCCAAAGCAAAGGCUAAGGGUGGGCCAGUGGACAAGAAGCGAGGGCGGUCCUCGGCCGGAUCGCUUGAUCUUGUCAUGCCAAAGGACCUGGAGGGCUGGUCGGAUAUGAACAUGCAGGUGGUCUUGUCUGCCUUCGCUAGGGAGUGGUAUGAUCACAAGGAUGAUUGCAUGGCUAACUUCAAGCUACUCAUGCGUGAUGUCUUGCCGCCUAGCCAAAGCCAUGAAGUUGCUUGCUUGAACAUCUACUGGACGCGGUUUUCCUGUGGAGUUACCAUCAAGUCGACGAAGAAGGAUUUCGGAUCCUAUCAUCUGCCCCACAAGAAGGCAGCGCCAAACCUUCGAUUGGCCGUUGAGUUCUUGGACAUGAUGAUGAACGAGAAAUGCCCGCACACUGGGCAGACCUACCGGGAGCUGGGAGUAGACAAGCUCCUUGCCCUCCCCUUGAUCACAGAGGUCUUCGAGAGCUUGAAAGAGGAUGGAGCAGCUGUUGUCGAGGUCACAGCGAAGCCAGCGGUGUGCCGGAAGCCCUGGUCCCACGGUGCCAGCAAGACAGUGCACAAGACACUGAAGAACAGUCUUCUCUGGCACGUUUACACCGAGUUCGUGGUCACCCUGCUCCUGCUCGUUUGGUCUUAUGACUGCAUUGGGGAGGACUUUCACAUGCUGGAAUUCUUCGCGGGACGUGGCCGAGUCUCGGAAGAAUUCCGAGCGGCAGGGACGGUCCUGCUGCUGUACUUGGCUACGAGCAGAGGCUUGACGUGGCUGGUGGAGCAACCCCGAACGGAGUAUCCAUUGGCCUUCGCGCGGAAGCUGGUGUCUUUGAAUGCGGACUUGGCGAGAUCCGCUUGUGGUCAACCGACGCUACCUGAUCCUCUGCCAGAUGCCCUUGAAACCUUUCAGUCGAUGUCUUGGGGCCAAGAGUCAGAACUUUGGCAGUUUGCAAAGCUGUCUGAAGUGUUCUUUUACAUCAGAGGCAGCAAGCGCCUCCGUAUUCCAGAGAAAUGGGAUUGCCUUCGCAUGCUCAUAGUCUUCGUGACAGUCCCGGCAAUGGCCCGGCAGGGGGUGUCCAAGCAUUUGCAGAAUGGCUGGGGUGCCGGUCCAAUCGAAGUGUUGGAGUUGCUCGUGCUUGAACAGGAAGCUCGCGAUGCUGCCGGGGCUGCCGAGGCUUCUGCAGAGGAUCUCCAGGCUGCAGGCUUGUGUGUGGAGGCAGAAUGUGGCGAAGUGGGCGGCAAGAAUACUCUACAGCAGGAUGCCUAUAUGGCAGUUGAAGUGAACACCGAGGAUGAGCAUGCAGUGGGCUUGCAGGAAGCCGACGACAGAUUGCAAGCACGGCUUACCGGCACCUUGGGUGUCAAGCCCGAGAAGCUUUCUGAUCAGGAGCGAUUGCUCAUCGCUGCGAAGGCCCGAAUUAGCAGGAUGGUUGCUCCGAAGACCCGCAGAAAGGAGCUGGAAGUGCCCGAGUUUGUCAAAAAUCAUUGGUUUGGCAACAAAGAUGAGAUGGCCCACUUGCUGUUAAACUUGAACUUUGACAAGGCAAAGUUCAUCAAUCAGCUGGAGGUUAUCAUCUCCAAGAAGCAGAAGUACACCAUGACCGUAGACGAGGGCUGGUACACGAAUGAUGAAAUGAUCAAUGAGCUGAAGUGGUCCCAGAAGAGGGCCCUGGCUGCCGUAAAGUACUGCGAGUCUGUCCCGGACACUCACGUCCGGUUGAACGUGUACGACAGUGAGAAGGAGUACUGGGUCACCCUGCGGGAGAAGGGCACUCGCAAGGAGCAGAUCUCUCAUGAAGAGAAGCACCGAUCUUUGCAGGCAGUAGAGGAGAAGCUCGAGGAUGAUAAGUUCAAGCGGACGGAAGAAGCGCUCAAGAAGCUGAAUGAUUCGAUCUUGCAGAAGGUGAAGAAGACGAAGAGUUUGGCUAAAGAGCUCAAGACAGGCUACGACGUGAACAAUGCAGACGACAUCAAUUGCAUGGACGAGUUGCAUGACAAGGGCAACGAGCUGCACAUCUCCAGUAGUUUGCAGGGUGGUUGGUCCGAGGCCGCCCCGAAAAGCGUGGCCGCCAAGAAGGUGGCAAAGAAGAAGCUUGGCAAGCGCAGUCGGCAGUGGAGCCGGAUCCUGAGUCAUCACAUGGAGCAAUGGAAGGAUUCCGACAGUUCUCUUAGCAUGUUGAUCGAGUGUUUGGAGUAUCAAUGUGGGCAGUCUUUUGCCACAGGCAGAACUAUGGGCUCAAAACAAUGGACUAGAGCAUCAGGGGUUUCCGAAUUCAGCUACUUUCUAGCACAACAUAUAGCCUGGGGUUGUUCGCAAUUUCAUAUGUUUUUGGCACAAACCAUCCAAAAAGAUGCUGGUAUUAUGUAUAUACAGUUGAACUGUCCUUGGAUGGGAGAUGCAAACCUCGCCCCCCUUGCUGACUCCGACGAUGAGCUGCUAGACCUGUUGACUUGUCAUCGUUCGGUGCUCUUGGCCGCAACUUAA